GCCCUGUGCGCGUGCGCGGCCAACAGCUGUCACCCAGCGCGGAACAAGUCUAGCAAAUUUCCCGAACCUCCCCGGGCCCGAGGCCGCCGUCCGUCCUCACAAGCCCCUCCUCGGGGUCGUGUGCUCGCCUCCGUCCGCGUUCCAGAGACUGUCCCAGCCAUCAUGGAGGUGGCUGAGGAAGAGAGUCCUCUGAACCCCAGCUGUAAGAUAAUGGUCUUCCGACCCUCCAUGGCAGAGUUCCGGGAGUUCAACAAAUACCUCGCGUACAUGGAGUCCAAAGGAGCGCAUCGAGCAGGUCUUGCUAAGGUGAUUCCUCCUAAGGAAUGGAAACCAAGAAAGUGCUAUGAUGACAUUGAUAAUUUGCUUAUUCCAGCACCGAUUCAGCAGAUGGUAACUGGGCAGUCAGGAUUGUUCACUCAAUACAACAUCCAGAAAAAAGCCAUGACCGUGAAGGAGUUCAGGCAGUUGGCCAACAGUGGCAAAUAUUGCACUCCAAGAUACUUGGAUUAUGAAGAUUUGGAGCGCAAAUAUUGGAAGAAUUUAACUUUUGUGGCACCUAUCUAUGGUGCAGAUAUUAAUGGGAGCAUAUAUGAUGAGGGUGUGGAUGAAUGGAACAUAGCUCACCUAAAUACUGUAUUGGAUGUGGUCGAAGAAGAGUGUGGUAUUUCCAUUGAAGGUGUAAAUACUCCUUAUCUGUAUUUUGGCAUGUGGAAAACCACAUUUGCGUGGCAUACGGAAGACAUGGACCUCUACAGUAUCAACUAUCUGCACUUUGGGGAGCCCAAGUCUUGGUAUGCUAUACCCCCGGAGCAUGGAAAACGACUUGAAAGACUAGCUCAAGGUUUUUUUCCAAGUAGUUCUCAAGGGUGUGAUGCAUUUCUUCGCCACAAGAUGACACUUAUUUCUCCAUCAGUAUUGAAGAAAUAUGGCAUUCCCUUUGACAAGAUCACCCAGGAGGCCGGGGAAUUUAUGAUCACUUUCCCUUAUGGCUACCAUGCUGGUUUUAAUCAUGGUUUCAACUGUGCAGAAUCUACAAACUUCGCUACUGUCAGAUGGAUUGACUACGGGAAGCUUGCAAAAUUGUGCACUUGCAGGAAAGACAUGGUGAAAAUUUCCAUGGAUAUCUUUGUGAGGAAAUUUCAACCAGACAGAUACCAGCUCUGGAAACAAGGAAAAGAUAUAUAUACCAUUGAUCACACGAAGCCCACUCCAGAAUCGACUCCUGAAGUGAAGGCCUGGCUGCAGAGGAGGAGGAAAGUACGGAAAGCAUCCAGGAGCUUUCAGAGCACCAGGUCUCAGAGUAAAAAGCCUAAGGCUGAGGGGAAUGAGGAACUCUCCGGGGAAGUUGACCCAGGCACACAUGACUUCAGUGCCAAACCCGAAGAGGCAGAACAAGUGGGGAAUACAGAGGCAUCUUCAGAAAAAGCGAUCUCUGCUGAUAGGUCACAGGUGGAUCCGACUUUAUCAGGAAACAGCUGCUUAAAUACAUCUGUAACAGAGGACAUAAAAACUGAGGCUGACAAAACCUACACCAUAAUUGCACCCUCUAAACCCCAUGUGGUUGAUGAUUCCAGUCCAUUGCCUAGUGGCCAAGUGAAGGUCGAGGAAUCAGUGCUAGCCAAGUUGUCAUGGCCAAAGUCUCCUGAAUCAUGUUUUUCCGUGGCAGAGAGCAAUGGCGUGUUGACCGAAGGAGAAGAGAGUGAUGUGGAAAGCCGUGGAAGUGGCCUGGAACCUGGGGAGGUCGCGGGGUUCCCCAGUGGAGAGAGCAGUGACUUCAAAGUUCCCAGUGUAUGUUUCAAUGGAGAGACCAAAACUGCUAAGAGUUGGCGCCACCCGCUGACUAAGCCUCCAGCCAGAUCCCCGAUGACUCUGGUGAAGCAGCAGGCAGCCAGUGAUGAAGAAUUACCUGAAGUGCCAUUGAUUGAGGAUGAAGUGGAAGAAACAGAGUCGUGGGCGAAGCCUCUUAUCCACCUUUGGCAGACAAAAUCCCCCAACUUCGUGGCUGAGCAGGAGUAUAAUGCCACAGCAGCAAAAAUGGAGCCACACUGUGCUAUCUGUACUCUGCUCAUGCCUUACUACAAGCCAGAUAGCAGCAAUGAAGAAAAUGAUUCUAGAUGGGAGAGAAAAUUAGACGACGUGGUUAUCUCAGGAAGAAAAACCAAACCCCUCAUUCCAGAGAUGUGCUUUAUUUAUAGUGAAGAAAAUAUUGAAUAUUCUCCACCUAAUGCCUUCCUUGAAGAAGAUGGAACAAGUCUUCUGAUUUCCUGUGCAAAGUGCUGUGUGCAGGUUCAUGCAAGUUGCUAUGGUAUCCCUUCUCAUGAGAUCUGUGAUGGAUGGCUGUGUGCCCGAUGCAAAAGAAAUGCAUGGACAGCAGAAUGCUGCCUUUGCAAUUUGAGAGGGGGUGCUCUUAAGCAAACUAAGAACAAUAAGUGGGCCCAUGUCAUGUGUGCCGUUGCAGUCCCAGAAGUCCGAUUCACUAAUGUCCCAGAAAGGACACAAAUAGAUGUAGGCAGAAUACCUUUGCAGAGAUUAAAAUUGAAAUGCAUGUUCUGCAGACAUCGGGUUAAGAAAAUUUCUGGAGCCUGUAUCCAGUGUUCCUAUGGCCGCUGCCCAGCCUCCUUCCAUGUCACAUGUGCUCAUGCUGCUGGCGUACUUAUGGAGCCUGACGACUGGCCUUAUGUGGUGAACAUCACAUGCUUUCGACAUAAAGUCAACCCAAACGUGUUCACAGCACAGAGUAAGCACUCACCAUAUGAAAGCUGCAUUACGACUACUACUUCUGCUGCUGCUGCUAGUGCUGCAAUGUUAGGUGAAGUGGGCCAUAAAUCGAAGGCUUGCGAGAAGGCCAUCACUGUGGGUCAGACAGUCAUCACAAAGCAUCGAAACACCCGCUAUUACAGCUGCAGAGUUAUUGCUGUGACAUCACAAACCUUCUUUGAAGUCAUGUUUGAUGAUGGUUCCUUCAGCAGAGACACGUAUCCUGAGGAUAUUGUGAGCCGGGACUGUGUGAGGAUGGGUCCUCCUGCUGAGGGAGAAGUUGUCCAAGUCAAGUGGCCUGAUGGCAAACUCUACGGGGCGAAAUAUCUUGGGUCAAAUGUUGCCCAUAUGUACCAGGUUGAAUUUGAAGAUGGAUCCCAGAUAGCGAUGAAGAGAGAAGACCUCUACACCCUAGAUGAAGAGUUACCCAAAAGAGUGAAAGCUCGUUUUUCCACAGCCUCUGAUAUGCGAUUUGAAGACACAUUUUAUGGAGCGGACAUCAUCCAGGGUGAGAGAAAGAGACAAAGAGUACUGAGCUCCCGGUUUAAGAAUGAGUAUGUGGAUGACCCUGUGUACCGUACCUUUUUGAAGAGCUCUUUCCAGAAGAAGUGUCAGAAGAGACAAUAGUACACGGCUGCAGGCAGCAGUGCCGCUUGGACCAGAAGGAGAAAGAUGACAGGACUGCCUUGGGACUGUGCCAUGUUUCACUGGGGUAGGUGAUGAUGUGUCUCCAACAGUGGUAAAUUGGGCUUCCAGAAUUCAGUCACCAGAAUUACACCGUGCACGUAUCCUUAAUUGGAUAGAGCAAUAUGAAGUCAUUCCAGGUCUUGCUUUCACUUGUGAGUAAUUGUCUUCUACGAUCCCAAAGAAGUUUUGUAAGUGGAUAGAAAAAUAGUCAAUCACCUGCUAGAGAACAGAGCACUGCCAGAGAGGAUGUGGGCCUCACGUGUGGCUCCAGCCCCUCCUCAGGAAACGCUCGGUGACUGAGCUCGGUAGCUCCAGCAGGUGGGAACCUCGUCACCUAGUCAGGGAGGGCGUGGGGGUGAGGACUGAUUGCUUUUCCACAGUCAGGGAAGGACUCUCAUUUGUUUUAAAUGGCAGUUUUUUAUAAAAUAUUUUUAAAACAAAAGUGGCAUGUAUGGUAAUGAGAUUUAUCCGUGUCCUCUAUCUGUAUUUCCCUUGCACAGAACUUUUACAUUUUUUAAUAUUCGUAUUACUUUUGAUUGUGUCUGAUGAGAAUUUACUUGGCCUUGUGAAAUGGAAUUUUUGGCUCUUGAGGAAGAAUUCUUAUGAAUUGUAUGGGAAUUUUAUAUAUUUAAAGAGGGAGAUCUAGGGCU